CAUGGCCUCAGGUCUAUGAUAUAUAAGUGUUGUUUCGAUGCUUUUUUUAAAACUCACUAUUACAGGCUCAUUGGAAGGCAAAAUAACUGUAGAAUAGGAUAUCAUUUUCGUUACAACUUCAGAGGAACAUCUUCUGUCACAGUUAAACUCAGAUUCAUCCUAAUCUCCUGAGAUGAAGUUGAAUUUCUUCGUUUCCGCUGUGGCUCUACUUGGUGCCUUCCAACCCCGCUAUGAAUGUAGAGCUAUUGAAACCCCCAGAGCACUCGAUCCAUUCCACAAUCUACAGGCAGAGCUGCAACAGCAACUACCUAUUCUUCUGCGACUAGGAGAGGAAUACUUCAUUCGACUUGACAACUCCAAUCAAAAUUCGCCCCAGUCUUCAUUGUCGAAUACAUCUCCUGGAGCUUCUGCGCGGUCAACAACGGUCAACAGGGCUUUACUUCAGUUUACGCAGCGUCUUCUGCAAGGUAAAGUCGGUAACAGCAAUCGGUUUCUGAACAGCUACGCUAACCAGAUGGAUGAUUCCACGGAGAGAGGAAAGCGGACCUGGCCGGGCGAAGAGCCACCGAUCUCAUUGGACCUGACGUUCCAUCUGCUGAGGGAAGUUCUAGAAAUGGCUAGAGACGAGCAAUUAGUUCAGCAGGCGUAUAGUAACCGGAAAAUGAUGGACAUAUUCGGGAAAUGA